AUGGAACUUAAAUUGCAUCCUGAGUUGAAAGAACCCCUGUCCGCACUUUGUAGCGAUCCAAAGACAACUAUCGUGGUGCUUAGUGGAAGUAGCAGAAAUGUCUUGGAUGAUAACUUCAGCGAAUACAACAUGUGGUUGGCAGCAGAAAAUGGGAUGUUUUUGCGCUCUACAAGGGGAGCAUGGAUGACAACAAUGCCAGAGCAUCUAAAUAUGGAAUGGGUUGACAGUGUAAAGCAUGUUUUUGAGUAUUUCACUGAAAGAACACCUCGAUCGCACUUUGAACUUCGUGACACUUCACUUGUAUGGAAUUACAAGUAUGCAGAUGUGGAAUUUGGAAGACUGCAAGCUAGAGACAUGCUGCAGCAUCUCUGGACUGGCCCAAUUUCAAAUGCAUCCGUUGAUGUUGUCCAAGGUAGCAGGACUGUCGAGGUGCGAGCAGUUGGUGUGACAAAGGGAGCUGCCAUCGAUCGUAUUCUGGGAGAGAUAGUUCAUAGUAAAGCCGUUUCAACACCAAUUGAUUAUGUCUUAUGCAUAGGACACUUCUUGGGAAAGGAUGAGGAUGUGUUCACAUUUUUCAAGCCAGACCUCCCUUCUGAUGGCCUAGGCCUUCCAAGAAGCAAGGUAAGUGAAGCAUUAAAGCUUUCCGAGGAAAGAAGACUUGCUUUAAAGCUUCCAUCUGGUAGAAGCAGCUCGAAAUCAUCCCACACUAAGAAUCAACGACCUUCGCCAAACCCGGAGAAGAAAAACACCAACCAUGUCUCUGGGAGUGGGCGGCGUUCAUCACCAGCAAAUACUUCGUGGAAUGUGUUAGACCUCAAGAAAGAGAACUACUUCUCUUGUUCAGUUGGCCGGACCAGUACUAAUGCGGGCUUCCUCCUUGGAUCGUCGGAUGAUGUUGUUGCGUUUUUGAAGGACAUGGCUGAGACUUAUCUAUCUAGCUCGCCUUCAUUGCAGUGA